AUGUCUGAACUGCAUGUCGAGCGCACACCGCGCCGACGCUCGACCGUUGCCGAGUCGUUCAUUGAUACAAAAGCGUUCCUUUCUGACCGCUUUGACGUACACGACUACGCCAAUGCUGUGCUGCAAGGAAAGGCGUACGACCCAGAUGCAGGGAUACUGCUAUCAGGCUCGACAGCGAAGGAGGGUGACGCGGGACCGAGCCGACGGCAGGAGGAGAAGGGCGACCUUGGACUCGAGGUAGCGCGGCUGAACUACGGUAUCGAAGAUGUGACGAAGCAACUGCGGCAGGAGAUCACCACAUCGUAUCCCCUCCUCCUCAACCACCUCACGACCUCACUCGCCCUCAGCUCGCAGCUCUCGCCAAUCCGUUCGUCGCUCAACUCGCUCUCCUCCAGCAUCGACCGACUUCACACCAAGAUCCAUACACCGCACGUGCAGCUUGCGCUCCUGGUCCGGCGGCUGCGCCUCUUGGCGCUGAGCUCCGACUUGUCGAGACGCGCUGCGCGCUUCGUACUCGUCGCCCGCCGCCUCGAGGGGCAGAUGGAGCGCUUGAAAGCCGCGCCUGCACCAGCAACUGGUAGUGGGGCCAACUCGCCUGCGCCAGGCGUGGGGGAGAAGGAAAUCGAGUUGGCCAAGGCGGCUCUGAGCGUUGCCGAGCUCGACGCACUCCUCGCCCCAUCCGAGGAUGAGGAUCAGGGGGAGGACAUCGAGGGCGAUGGAGAGGGUAGUUCGACCGCGCCGCUCCCUCUGCAGAGCCUUGAGCUUGUGGAGGCCUACGUCCCCGUCGUAGACAAAGCGCGUGACACCAUCAUCACCGAGAUGGAGAGUAUGGUGCGCGUCGGCCUCGCGAAUCUCAACCAACCCCUCAUCUCGUCGUCCCUCCAGACAGCGCACGACCUUCGCCUCCUCCCCGACCUCGUGUCUAACCUCGUUGCCGACCUAAACGAUACCGUCACACUGCGCGUGCAACGUGCUUUGGACUCGGCUGCAAUCGGUCGCGAAGUCGCCGGGAAGGAAACAUCCCACGCUAUCCGUUUCACGACGCGAUCACGCCAGCAGACGGAGCCGUCGAGCUCGAACGUUGGGCCAUGGACUGCUGUACUGUGGAACCGCCUGGAGCGUGUCAUUGAAGACGUGGCUGUGUGCUGCAUCAAGGUGUACACGCUCGAGAAGGUACUGCGCAUCAAGCGUGACGCCGUCACCAAUGCCGAGUUCCUAGAGGAGGUGAUGCAGAAACUCGACGAGAAGCCGAGUUUUACGUUCUGGACGACACUGGCGACUGCCCUCGAGUCACAAUGCAAGGAGGCCGCGCGAUCGAACGGAUGGCUCCAGCAGGCCCUCAGCAACGGGUACCCCAGAUUGCUGCGUCUAUUCCACGACUUCUUCGCCAAGAUCGCGGUGCACACCGACACCGUCUACACCCGCGAGACCCAAAGUCCUGAAGCAGUUCUUGCUCUGCGCUCGGUCUCGACGUUCGAGUCGUUGUAUCUCUCGCGCUCGACGUCGCGCAUGUCUGACGCAGUGUCGUCCGCCAUGUCGCACUACAGCGUACCGAGGGGAACGGCACCAAGCGCCACUGAAGGUGUCAACAUCGCGCGCGCGAUCACAAACGAGCUCGACUCUGCGCGAUUCGACCCUCUUCUUGUCCGCACUGUCGCUCGCAACGCCGUCAAGGUGCUCAACACGCUCAGGACAAGGACAGACGGAGCACUUGUCCGUGACUUCACCGCGACGUCACUCAUCGGCCCAACGGCGACGCCUGCAGCGAUCCUCAACGCGCAGUUCACGAGCUGCCUGUACCACUGCACGCUCAACCUCUCCGACCUCGAGCCGCAGUUCGGGUCCAAGGUGGCCGAGAUCCUCGCCCCGCCCGUCAAGUCAUUGGAAGACACGUACCGCCGCGUGACGGACUCGCUGGACAUCGCAAUCAAGCGCGAGUUCUCGACAAUCCUCGCGCGCAUUCACCGCGUCGACUUCAGUAAGCCGGUCGACCCGAUGGCCAUGAGCAACAGCAGCAGCCCGUACAUGCAGGACUUGCUUGACAAGCUCAAUUUCCUCCGCCUCGAGGUGCUCGGUCGCACGUCGCUGGGCGAGUUCAUGAGACAAUGGGUGCUCUCAUUGAGCAAGUACCUGAUCAAGACGUUCCUGCUGCACGCCUCCAUAGCACGGCCGAUGGGCGAGAGCGGGCGGUUGAAGCUGACGGGCAACAUGACUGAGUUCGAGAUGGGCCUCCAGAACUUCUUGAACACGGGAAGAGUGCAGGGUGCGCGCGGCGGUGUCCGCGUGGCCGACAUCGGCGAGGAGUACCUCGCGCUCCGCACGUUCCGGACACUCCUGUUCGCGGACAGAGCUGGGCUGACCAACCCCGUCGAGACGGUGCACCUCCCGCCGCUUAUCGUGCUGCACCACAUCAUUGUGCGUUCGCCUCUCCGCCUGCCGCACGAGGUGCACGGAUGGAGUGAGGCCGAGUACGUGCUCUGGGCGCAGAAGCACGAGGACGAGCACGAGCAGUGGGACCUGCUCGAGAAGGCGGUCGACGACCAGGUCGCUGUCGCGUCCACGCCAGGCGUCGGACACGAUGACGAGGACCGCGAGACUGUCGAGCUUGUCCGGGAAGUGCUCGAGCACGCCAGACAUCACCACGAGCGUGACCGCGACCACGCCCCGCAUCACCACAGGCGCAGCGCCUCGCGGUCAUGA